AUGUGGACCAUUCCCGUCCAGGAGUGCCAAACCUGGUUUACGUUCGUCUCCCAUUUUCGCCACUACCAGCCUCUUCAGCUGCAGUUCUUUCAGCGCUUCAGGGUUGUCCGGCCCAGUCAUUGGCCUCAACUCUACCGGCUGGCCGUUCGAAAUGAGAAGAAGAUAGUAUUGGACGUUUAUGUCAAGCCUCGCCCAACCCUGCCACAGCCAGAAGUCCUGGCUCCAUUACCUGACACAUCUCGUUCACCCGUCCCCUCGUCCCACGGCGGUCAAAACCUGCUCGCGCCGGGGUCACCACAAUCGACUCAAACUCAACAAAAGAAGCGACGUCCGUCCAUUUCUAAAACGGAGCCUUCGUACAGCGGCGUGUUGGCCUACUUGGGCGGCUUUACCAACACGGUCUCCCCGACAGCUCCGCCGCGUUUCUUCGAGAAUGAAACCAUCAAGCAGUAUUUCGCCGAUUUGGAAAACCAGAUGUUCACAAAGACCAUCUUCAAAGACCGGCGCCUGUACAAAUUCGUGGAGGUAGCCGACCGUUCCGCCGUUCACGAUGCGAUGGACACCGAACGACGCAAUCUAGAACUCAGCGAGCCGUCUGAGGACCACCAGCGGGACUUUGAUCAACGCGUCAAAGUCUUCAACGCGGCAGACUCCAUAUUCAGGUUCUUUUUCUCCCCGGAUGCUUCUGUCGCCACCACGGGCAGGUAUUGGGGUGCUGUCCUAGCCCUUGUCAAUCAACCACCUACCGGACCCCCUGACUUUGGCCCAGCCCAAUCCGGAUCGCGACCUUCGGGAAAACAGGUUUUCGGAGUCAACCGACGGCGGUGGGCGACGGAACUGGACAUGCUGACAUCGGCCUUGGACGACAUACGGAGCGAUGUUCUCUCCUUUGGCGAAACCUUCGCCAACAUCCAAGAAUCUGAUCGCGCGCGUAUCGAGGCACCUCCGGUCCUAGCCGACGCGUGGGUACACAUCACCCUUGCGCUCGUGGUUUUCCCCUCGGAUUCGCGGCGAGGCAUAGCCCUAGCACAGAGGGCGAAAUCCGAUAUCUGGGACGGCAUCAAGGAAAUAAUGGCGUGCGGUUCAGAACCGGCUACAAUCAAGCAUUUGGCGGUUCUCCCGUGCGAUUUGGUGGCACUCAUGGCGAUGAAGCUCACGAACAACGCUACCGCCAACAUGCCGAGUGUCUCCGACACUUACGGGUCUUACCUUAACAUGAUUGAGUCCGAAGUGACCACGGGGCAUCCAGACCGUCGAAACGACCAGAAAUUGAACCUGUUCCUCCAGGAGCUGUCCAUAAUAGACUGGACGGUCGAUAUACAAAUUUCUAUCCUCGAGGGUCUCGUGCGCAGGGGAGAAAGCGUGGCCCGGAAUGUCGGUGCCAAGCUAGCGCAGGCGGAAACGCAAUUAAAUAGGCAUCACAGGGACAGAGAGCCGGGACAGAUGCACCUCUUCCCGUACCGCCGCAUAGGACCUCCCGAAUACGACAACAUGACAUCCAUGGCCGACCAGAUCUUCCAGCCAAACGAGCGUGGCGAUCGUGGGCCCACCGGAUUCAGUUCCGUUCUACUCCAGGAAUGCUUGAGGGAUCUCUCUCUAAAGAAGAGCGACCUCGAGAUGAUGCGAGACACGGCAAACAUACUAAAAAGAACCAACGAGACAAACCUAAGCCGUACCAAAGACCGACAGGAGCGCGCCAUCUAUGCCUUCACCAUCGUCACCAUCAUCUUCCUUCCGUUGUCUGCCGUUUCCUCCAUCUUCGGCAUGAACACGGCCGACAUUCGCGACAUGGACAUCGGCCAGUGGGUCUACUGGGCCACUGCCGUUCCCGUGACGGCCGUUGUUAUGUUCUUGGGUCUGUGGUUCACGGGGGAGCUGGGCAAUUUCAGGAGGUGGGUGGCUGCGCGGGGUGUUGAGUGGUGGGGGACGGGGAAGGGACCCGGAAUGGGACCGGGGUUAGAUGGUGAGUUGGAUGAAGGGUUGGAGAGCAGCCGGAAAAGAGGGGUGAAGGGGUCAGGUGCGUUGGAUACUGGUCUAUCUUCGUAUGAUGGUUGA